AGUAAUUACUACUAGCCUUACGUAAUUGACGUAAUUUAUCGGCGGAUCUACGUGACGUCAUCGUUUUCUGGCAGAUCCGGAAGUAAACAAGACUACUGCCGACGUGAACCGCGAAGGAAAAGCUCUCCAAAUGGUGUCCCUGGUUUGCACCUUACAAGACCACCGAGAUGACGUCAACUGGUGCAGCUUCUCAGCACAACUGCUGGCCACGUGUUCGGGAGACAAGACGGUGCGCGUGUACAACACCAAGGACUUCUCUGAGCUGGCCUUCUCGCCGCUGGAAGGUCACGGCUACGGCGUCCACUGUUGCUGCUUCAGUCCCUGCGGUCAGUUCCUGGCCUCCUGCUCCACCGACGCCACCACGCUGGUCUGGUCCAUGUCCACGGGCCAGAUAGAAGCCGUCCUGGAGCAUCCCGGUCGCAGUCCCGUCAGGAUCUGCGCCUUCUCUCCUGACUCCGCCCACUUGGUUUCUGGCGCCUCGGAUGGUUCUUUGGCUCUGUGGGAUUUCCCCUCCAAGCAGCUUCGUGGGAGCGGCUGCGUGAGCGACACCACAAUCGUGGCGUGCUCGUUCAGCCCCUGCAGCCAGAUGUUUGUCAGCGGCUCCACCUAUGGAGACCUGCGCCUGUGGGACCUGCACAUGCACCUGUGCCAUGCCGAGAAGAACGCCCACGACCUGGGAGUCACCUGCUGCGCCUUCGCUCCCAGCAUUCUCAGCGACAGUCAGGUGGUGCAGUUCCGCCUGGCGUCGUGUGGACAAGACAACCAUGUGAAGGUGUGGACAGUGACCAAGAUGACCUCCGGAGUGUUCAGGAUGCAGUUGUUGCACACGCUAACUGAGCAUUCAGCUCCCGUCCUCACAUGUGCCUUCUCCUCAGACGGACAGCUGCUGGUGUCUGGCUCUGUGGACAAAACCGUGACAAUAUAUGACGCAAAAAAUGCUGCGCUGCUUUACACACUGAGUCAACAUGAAAGGUAUGUGACGGCGUGUUGCUGCUCUCCGACCUCACCACUCAUCGCCACAGGAUCCAUGGACAAGACGGUCAACAUCUGGAGGCUGGAAGAUGGCUGCACUGGCCCCGCCGGGAAGUCGCUGCCUGAACAAUCUACUGGGACAUCAUCUGAAGCGUCCACGUCCACAGGCCGCUCCAAGCUGCUGCUCUGUGAUUGGUCGGAGGAGGACGUGUGUGCGUGGCUGCUGGAAGGACUGGUGGACACCUUCAGGACCAACAACAUCGACGGCACGGAGCUGCUGGCUCUCACCAAGGAAACACUAACCACAGACCUGCAUGUAGAAUCACUGGGACUGCGCUGCAAGGUCCUGAGAAAGGUGGAGGAGCUGAAGAAGGAUUGGACGUGUUGUGGCAUCCCUGACGAGUUCCUGUGUCCCAUCACCAGAGAGCUGAUGAGAGAGCCUGUCCUUGCCGCAGAUGGUUAUUCCUAUGAGAAGGAGUCCAUCAGCAUGUGGAUCCACAGCAAGCAGCGUUCCAGUCCCAUGACCAACCUGCCCUUGCUUACCACCUUGCUGACGCCCAACCACACCCUGAAGAUGGCCAUCGCUCGCUGGAGGAGCAGCAGCCACUAGCAGCCUCCGUCGCCACGGCGACAGGAGCCCUCGUCAUUUCAGGUAGACCAGCCCGUCACAUUUCUACAUCCCACAAAGACUCUUAUCAGGAAUAUUGUUAUUCUACCUCCUGCCGUUCUCUGCUUACACCCUGAUUGGAAUAUUAUGUACUGAUGUUUGCGAUUCUUCACAUGCGAUGUGUUCUGUUUUCAAUGACAUGUUGCAUCAUCACAUCAUGUCAUAAUAUCUGCACCUUGGCACCCUGCACUUGUAGAUAAAAGAACUGUCUCUGCUGCUCAA